AUGUCGAAAUUACCCCUCAAAGUCCAAGUCGGCAUCAGAGACUUCUGGUCCAAGAACGAGGCACCAGUCCAAAAGGCACUGGCCGCCCUCAAAGAGACAAUCGGUGUUGAAACCAUUAUUGAGCCAGAAUGGCAUCUUCUUCUCUCUGAGCUAGACGGAUUAUACCCUGACAAGAGCACUUUUGUUCCCAGCAUUGCAGGAUGUGUCCACUCAUGGUGUACAGCUCUUUCAACGAUUCUUGACGAUAGCGCCAACGAAGAAUGGACUGAUGCCUUGCUUGACCACAUGAAAGGCCGGCUCAGAGUGUUUCUGGAAGUAUACAAAGGACCCCAGCCAGCUCUGAGCUGGUCGGGUGAACGGACUGGAUUCAUAAUCUCGCUACCCAAGGAACAUGUACCCUCACCAUGGGAGAUGGAACCCUUGUUCAAAAGCCAAUCCCUUGCAUGUUUUGACGAGAAGGUUGCGCCAGCAACUGCAAUGGCGCACCGCUCUGCGCCGAACGACGAUUGGGCAGAUGUGUCACUCGAUGCAAAAACCGGCAAGCCUGAGCUGAUUGACCACUCCCAUAAUCGCACUGUGUCAACGGUGACCGCCGACUUCGAAAGAUUGCCAACUUGUAGUAUCCUUGGGCGCCCAGAUGAGCUGCUUCUCAAACCGCCAUAUCAUAUUGCGGUAUACGAUAGAGGGACGACAUUGAUCGAGGUACAUGGCAGUCAUAGUCCAUCACUGCAGCUACUGGCAGAGUACUUAAAGAAGUGGUGCCGGGUUAACCACCAAGAUAGUCGCAAGCCUCCCGGUGUCGAAAUUAAACUCCACCAAUCGUCCUUUGGUCUGGGACUCAUAUAUGAUCGGCUCACACUCUCCGUCGAGAACAGAUACACAACUUUUACCCUCAGCCCGAUGAUUGUUCUGUCUUUCAUUGAAGGUGUAUUGGGAUACAAGAGCGUCAUUGCAGAUGGAAAUAGCUGGAAAUUUCGGAAAGAUAUCGAGUUUCGAACCUCUGGGUACUAG